CGGCAGGUUCCUGCAUAUCACCGGUCUGUUGUGCCCCCCCGUCGCCCAAUCUUUCAAGGCUUGGCAGCUUCAACAUCUGUGUAGGCAAAAUGGGAGAACUGACGUGAAUACGCCGACAGACAUCCACCCGGAUGAAUUCUACAAGGUGCACUCCUCGACCGACGAAGAUGGUGCCUGCCACCGGGGCAAGGGCCCCGCGGGCCCCUACGGCGCCGAAACGACAGAUUGCGACAGUCCUUUCUCCCUCGUGAAUGCGACCUUUGACUGGAUUGCCGCGAAUCUCAAGGACACGAUCGAUUUCGUCAUCUGGACCGGCGACAGUGCCCGCCAUGAUCGCGACGAGAACCUGCCGCGCAGUGCGGAUCAGGUGCUGGGCACCAACACUUGGAUCGCCGACAAGUUCGCGCAGCUGCUCGCCGACGAGGACGGAACGGGAAUGACCAUCCCCGUCGUGCCUAACUUCGGGAACAACGAUAUCCUCCCGCACAACAUCCUGCUCCCGGGACCCAACAAGUGGUUCCAGACCUACUUGCACGUCUGGCGCCGCUUCGUCCCCGAGGAGCAGCGCCACAGCUUCGAGUUUGGCGGCUGGUUCCACGUCGAGGUCAUCCCGAACAAGCUCGCCGUCUUUAGCCUUAAUACGCUGUACUUCUUCGACCGCAACGCCGGUGUCGACGGCUGUGCGAACCCCGGGGAGCCGGGUUACAAGCAGAUGGAAUGGCUACGCGUGCAACUACAGUUCCUGCGUGAGCGCGGCAUGAAGGCCAUCCUGAUAGGACACGUGCCCCCUGCCAGGACGGAGAGCAAGAAGUUGUGGGACGAGACGUGCUGGCAGAAGUACACGCUGUGGAUGCACCAGUUCCGGGACGUUGUGGUGGUCGGCCUCUAUGGCCACAUGAAUAUCGACCACUUCCUCAUCCACGAUUCGGACGGGGUCGACAUAGCAGCGCUCUCUGGGUCAUCGCAGCGGGGUAUUCGUCAGGCGAUGGAGGACGAUCUUUCGGUGCAGGGGGCGUCCGACUACCUUAUGGAGCUGCGUCAGCAUUGGGCCAAGCUGCCUCCGCCGCCCACGUUCAAAAGCAAGGCGGACGGCGUCAACGGAGAUGGGAAAAGGAGGACAGGGAAGAAGCACAAGGACCCUUGGGGUGAGCGCUACCACCUCACUCUGGUUAGUCCCAGCAUCGUGCCAAACUACUUCCCAACGCUGCGCGUUUUUGAAUACAACAUCACCGGCCUUGAACACGCCCCGGUUUGGAAGGACGCCCAGCAAGGCGGAUCCCAAACUGCCGCAGAGAUUGGAUCCUCGCAGAAACAUCUUGAACUCCGCCAGCUUUCCGUGGAAUCCGAACUUCAAGUCGAUCUCGAUGAUAUCACCUCCGCCAAGAAGAGGGGGAGGAAGAAGAAGAAGAAGGAGAAGAAACCGAAAAAGAAACCUAAAAACCCGGUCCAUGACCCAAAUCUCAAUGUCCCUUCACCGCCCGUGGAGGGCUCCCCGCCUGGCCCAGCCUACGCACCUCAACCGCUCACCCUCCUAGGGUAUACCCAGUACUUCGCUAACCUGACGCACAUCAACAACCUCAACCUCACCGAUGUCCUCGUACGAAGCGACGAUGCAGGGAAGGGGUGGUGGGACUGGUUGCUCCGUUGGAGGGAGGGCAAGCACGGCGGCAAAAAGCCGGCUUCGCCUCGGCCGCCGCAGCCGAGAGAGUUUGCUUUCGAGGUUGAGUAUAGCACCUUCGAGGACAAGAUCUACCGGCUGGGCGACUUGACCGUGAACAGCCUGGUCGGGCUGGCUGUGAGGAUUGGAGAGCGCGUCGACAACGCUAAGACUAGGAUGUCUGAUGUUGUGGGCUGGGGAGGUGACGAGGUUGAGGGGUGCGCGGAGGAGAUUGAUGGUGAAUGGGAGGAAACAGAGAGGGAAGAGCAAGAGGAGGAUGAAGAUGAGGGGAGCGAUGAGGAGGUAGAGGCAGAAAAGAAGAAGAAGAAGGGAAAGAAAGGCAGGAAGGGCAGGAAAGGCAAGAAGAGAAGGAAACAAAACGAGACCUGGCUACAUUUCCUGAAGCAUGCAUUUGUUGGGACACUAGAGGAGGAGGAACUGAGGAAGUUCGAUUGAAUAGGGCCUUUGACAGUUCGGCAUCGGGCACUUCGGGCUGGAUGGAGGAGUCAAGGCAUGUUUUCUUCGCAUAUCUCAGGUAGUUCUGCAUAAGGUCGGGAAGGACGGUCAUGGCGUUGACAUUCCGUUUGGGCAUGGAGGGAACAGUCGUUCUCCAACAACUUGUAUAGUAGGAUACCAUCCAUGCACAAUGAAUGAUGAUACUGAAAUGAUUGUCGGCUGGGCACGCGAUGGCGGUAACUACCUACCUAGUGGUUACCAUAGAGGCCGGGUCUAUUAUAUGAAAAAUAAUGCGUCGAUAAGC